AUGGGCAUUCACAACCUUCACAAAGUAAUCGCAGAUCACGCGGCAAAGGCUAUCAGCGCAAAUGAAAUCAAGAGCUAUUUUGGUAGAAAAGUGGCUAUCGAUGCAUCAAUGUCGAUAUACCAGUUUUUGAUAGCCGUGAGACAGGCAGACGGGCAACAGUUGACAAGUGACACUGGAGAGACGACGAGUCAUUUGAUGGGAAUGUUCUAUCGCACGAUUCGAAUGGUUGAGAACGGAAUUAAACCCGUAUAUGUGUUUGAUGGAAAGCCGCCAAUGCUGAAAUCGGGCGAGCUUGCCAAGAGAUUGGAACGAAGAAAGGAAGCAAACAAGAAUCUUGAAGAAGCUCACGAGACUGGCGCAGUGGCUGACAUUGAUAAAUACAGCAGACGCACGGUGAAAGUGACCCCAGAACAUAACGCAGAGUGUAAAAAACUAUUGAAGCUUAUGGGAAUUCCAUAUAUUGAUGCUCCUUGUGAAGCAGAAGCUCAAUGUGCUGCUCUUGCACGAGCGGGAAAGGUCUAUGCAGCUGCAUCAGAAGAUAUGGACACUCUCACAUUUAAUGCCCCAAUGCUUCUUCGUCAUUUAACAUUUACCGAGAGUAGAAAGAUGCCGAUUGAUGAGAUACAUCUUGAUAAAGCACUAGAAGGGCUGGAACUGAAUAUAGACGAAGUAAGUGAUGAUGCGUUCAAAAAAGUAUUCAAUGGAAUAGUUUUUGCCUGUGGAGACCUCUGUAUUCUACUCGGGUGUGAUUAUUGUGAUUCAAUUAAAGGCAUUGGACCACACCGUGCUUACGAGUUGAUUAAGAAACACAGAAAUCUCGAAACGAUUAUUAAAGAACUCGACCCUAAGAAAUAUCCCAUUCCUGAAGAUUGGCAUUACAAAGAAGCACGAGAGCUGUUUCGUAAUCCGGAUGUGGUCGAUCCAAACACCGUUGAUAUAAAAUGGAAUACUCCAGACGUAGAAGCUGUUGUUGAUUUUCUUGUGCGUGAAAAGGCAUUCAGCGAAGAGCGUGUCCGUAAGGGAGUGGAUAAAAUAAUGAAGAACAUUAAAGCUGCAACGCAAGUGCGCUUGGACAGUUUCUUUACUGCCGCUCCCACCAAAGAUACACCUAAAAAGCGAAAGGCAGAAGAAACAGCAACUAAUAAAAAUAAUGGGAAAGCCACCAAAAAACGACGGUCAAAUAAGUAG